AAGCCUUUAGCAUCCUCCACUGCAAAUCCAAAAAACCAUAGCAUCCUCCACUGCAAAUCCACCCCAUACCGGAAACCACCACCCACCACUGAAAACCACCGCCGGCCAGAAAACCCAAAGAAAAAAAAAACCCCAAAACCCAAAACAAGCCACACAAACAUCGGAUCCCACCACCACCGCCGGCCACAAGACCCAAAGAAAAAAAAAAAAAACCCACAAACCAACCACAUCAGAGCCCACCAAAAAAAUCAUCAACAAACCAAAACCAACCACUAGAAAACGCACCACCACCGCAAAAACCACCUAAACCACAACUCACAGCCACCAAACCCACGCACCACUAUGAAGAAAAGAGGCAUGGACGAGAGAAACAGAGGCUUGAGAGGGAGGAGAGUGGAUCGGCUUGGAGAGAGAGAGAGUCAAAUCUUAUAUAUUUUUUUGUGCACCGAUGAGGAUCCGUAAAAGACAGGUACCUUUCCCUCUCUCAUCUCUCUCUCCGGUUCCUCUCUCAGAUCCCCUGUGGUGCAACUCCAGCUCCACAAUACCACACAACCAAAAGCCUCACACCCACUUGAAAAUCUCUCCCCACAAAGUGAUAGAUAUGCCCACUUUGGUCCUCAGCAGUCUGAUCAGCCCAAUCAACGUCUCCCACCGAUCCGUGGAGGAAGCAACGGCUUGGAUCUCUCUGAUGAUGUUGCUAGUGGGCCACACAACGAGGAGUUGUUUUUGCAAGGAAAAGAUGAGAGAGGCGGAGUGGAAGAGAAGAGUAAUGAUACCAGGAUGGGAGGCAUUUUGGGUGCAGAAACUGUUACUGGGGUUCUUUCAGAAUCAAGUGCUUCCCGUCAAGGCAGAGACUCAGCUAAGUCCUCAGGUUUCAUCUAGGCUUCCAAGUUCCUCUUCGCUUUUAGCUCCAAGAAUUUCAGUUUACAUUCAUCACACAGCCAUUCCAGAUGGUGCAUUUGCCUAACCCAAAGGUUUUAUUUUUGGAAAGAAAGAAAGGGAUGCAACUUUGGCAUAUAAAGCUGAAGCUUUAGAGUUGCGAAAACAACUCAGGCAUAUUCAGUCUUAAUUUGAUAUGCACCCUGGCCAGGCUUUGUCCGUAAUCCAAGGAAGACGGGCACGGGUUGCUGCAACAUCUACUGUCAAUGGACGCCUUACAAAUCUAGAUGAUAGUCUUUCAGUGAGAAAUUUAGAGGUAUGUAAGCUAUGAUAAAUGGAAUAUAUUUUUGAACUUGUUCACUUUUAUGAUAGUUUAGAUUUAAAAUAUGCAAUUUUGAUUAGUUCGGUUCUAGAGUUCUUUAAACUUAUGAAUGAGGUUGAGAAUGAGGACCUUGUCUUUAUUUUGGAGACUAUAGUGGACAAGUUUGGGGAGGAUAUGGCACUUUAAGCUCUUGGGUUAUGCCAGAAUUUGGUACUGUUAGCCUCUAUUUUUUAUUUUUAUUUUACACAUAUAUUCAGAAGUGCUUGACAACUUCUUUUUUUAAUAAAUAUUCAGGCAGCUGCAUUUUGGAGGUGCAUGAACACAACUGAAGCUGAAGAUGAAGAUGGUGGUUCUGGUGCUUCCUAAAAGACACGUCUCUCAGCAGUUCUUACCUCCAGUUUCAAGACAUUUAUACUGGAGUUUCAUAUUUUUUUAGAGAUAUUAUUCAUUUAAUAUAUUGGUUGUGCUUGCUGGGGAGCAAUAGCUAAAAGGUAAUGUCUGUAAGGGAUCUAGACUCUUACUUGCGAUUGGUCAUAUGGAAGUUUUACACUUUUCUAGGCCCCAAUUUAGGUGGACAAUUUCUCAAACAUCAUAUUGAAGAGGGAAAUGGUACUUAUCUUUCGAUGGAUAAUUGGCAUCUUGAGGAUCCUCUGUUACUUGAAUAUGGACCUUGGAUCAGUAAUGACAGUCAGUGCUGUGAAUGCAAAUGUCUUGUCUGCUCGCAAUGGAGGAAACUAAAAUUGGCAGCCAACAAAUUUGAGGCUUUGGUUCAUAUUCAUGGCAAGUUUUUUGAGGUGAACAUUGAUCAAAAUGCAGCAGAAAAUUUCAAUUUAGAAAUAACAAAAUCUUGAAACUUCAAAUUUAGGGGCAUCAUGGAAUGCUAUUAGACUUACUGCACCAAAUGUUUAGCAGUGCAAGGUUUCCUGGUUUUCUAAAUCUAUUUGCAAGCUUAGUUUCAUAGCUUGGCUAGCAAUUAAGACUAGAUCUAGGGAUUGGUGGCUGCAAUGGGGUUACCAAGAUGGUGUACUGUGUUGCUUGUUUAGAAGAUGGGGAAAGUAGAGAUCAUCUAUUCUAUUCUUGUGGAUGUUAAAAACAUUUUUGGGAGAAACUAUUAGGCUUUGUUCAAUUCCUAGAUAACCUACUACUUGGGAUGCAGAUUUAGCUUGGCAAUAUGGGUUCUAAAAGGCAGAAGAGAUUUGUUGUUAUCAUUCUUAAAGUUUCUUGGAUUGCUCAUAUAUAUCACACUUGGAUGGAGAAAACUCUUGAUGGCGCGAAAAAACUAUCUUCAAGAUUAUUGUCAUAAAGGUUAGAUGGACUGGCAUCAAGCAGGCAUAUUACAAGUUCAUAUAGAAACAAAGGUUGUGUUCUGUUUGGAAUAUCCCUAUGAAUGUAUUUGAUUCUAAGUUUUAAUUGUUGCAUUGGUCUAUCUUCUGUUUGCUUUUGUUGAUAUGAUGAUCUGUAAUCUAAAGUAUUACAUCCUAUAUUGUUGAUAGGGCUCUUUGUAUUGCUUUGGUUCUUUGGCAGUCUGCUAGUCUUGUUGACAAC